AUGUGGUCGGAAGCUUCAGCCUGUGAUAAUCUGAAUGGUCGUCGCUGUAUCAUACGUAUUAUUGUGAUUUUGAUUAUUAUAUGUAUAUUAAUCUACCUUGAACGCGGAAGAUUUGAAAGAAAAUUACCAUAUUUAAGUGAUUUGUAUUCUAACACUUGGAUUAAUAAAACUAUUUCUCCAAUUCGUAACAUCGAGUCGUUAAAACGAAACAACGGAUUCCAUGUAGUUCUGAGCUACUAUGCGGAAGACUUGAAUUUAGUUGCACAGUUUAUUCGUUUUAUUCGAAAUCUUCAAAGCAUACGACGAUUGAAUGUCUCCAUUAUUAUUUAUAACAAAAAUUCUAAUAUAAGCAGCAUCUAUCUUCAAAAAAUGUUAAAAGUAGAUGUUGUUCAUCAAUUGCCUAAUGUUGGUCGGGAAGGUGGCACAUAUCUCUAUCAUAUUAUUAACAACUAUGAUACACUUGCUGAUCAUACGCUAUUCUCUCAAGCUGGUGCGGACGGUGUUUCAAUCAAAGAAGUCGAAUCUUGGCUUGUCAAUCGACUAGAGAAACAAUUCACAACGGCGGUCGGAUAUAUGCCCUUGGUUUCAGCCAGAUGGAUGGAAGUGUAUGACUGUGGUCGAAAUAUCUACAAUAACAUGGUCAGAUUAGCAGAACUAUGGGCAUUGAUCACGCAAACGCUAUGUCCACCAGAUAAACAAACAGUUGCUUACCGAGGCCAAUUUUUGGUUAGUAACAAACGUAUUAGAAGGCAACCUUUACGCAUAUAUAUGUAUUUGAAUGAACUAAUCACGGCUGAUAGUACACAUUGGAUUCAUACAGAUAGACGUUCUCCGGUUUCGAAAUCAAUUCCAAGCAAUCCAUUCUUUGGACACAUUGUUGAACGUCUAUGGACGGUUCUUUUCAAUUGUUCGAAAUCAGAUUUGAUUAACAAAUGUAAUCGUGAUGUUUGUGCAUGUUUCGAUUGA